GUAUCUGGAUAGUAGAGGUAGAGAGUAAAAAUGUAGGGCUGGCUGGAAUAGUAAUUUUGGGCUUAGGUUUUAGGGGGUUUUUAGGGCAAAAAGAAACCUAUAGUUUUGGUCUGAGACUUUGAGGUGAGAUUUUUGGUUGAGAAUUUUUGGAGGGGGAAUUGGUGGAAGGUGAGGGAUUAGGUUCGAGAUUUUUAAGAUGAGAUUGAAGGUGCUUUGGUGGGGAUAAAAUUAGCUCAUAAUGUUUUUCUCAUGCUCUUUUGCUUCGUCUUGAUCAUCAACCGCGGAUUUUUGUUCCAUCUUUUCUCCUUAGUUAUUGGGUAUUAUAUAUUUGUAUGAGAAAUUUUAUAGAAUUUUCAAGUUGUAUGUAGCUUAUUGGAAACCUAAGUUAAAUCCUAAGCCAAUAAUCAUCAUGUUGAAGAGCUUAAGCUGCUUAUCUUUCCUCUCAUUCGUGCACUUUUACAAUAAAAUUUUUGGCGAAGCCUAGCAAUUAGGAAUAAAUGAGCGGUUAAGUGUAAAUCAAUAUUGGUUUCAAAAUAUGCUCAUCGAAUCUCUUGAAGUACUUAACUCAAGCAUUCACCUUUUUUUCUGCUCAUGAGAUUCUGAAAUUACUACACUGUCGCAGUUUGGAUGAUAGACCAUUCCAUGGAAGCUCUCUGAUUCCUCAGAGAGCAAAGCUUUCUUAGAACCACUGAGAUCAGCCAUUUCUUGUUCCUCCUCCUUCUUCUUGGGGCUAUGGGAAUUAUCGUCACUGUUCAAUAAAAAUUUACUUAAGAUUGGCAUCAAAGAUCCAAACAAAAGAGUUGUUAGAAUGACAAUGCAUAAAGAAGUUGUGAUAAUUACCUCUCUAUUUGGAAGAGAAUGGUCUAGUCUCAGGACUAAACCAAAUACAAUUGCUCCUCUUAUCAUACCUCCACAGUACAAAAAUAUUUUUUACUUGAAGGAGAGUUCGCGAUAGUCCAACGAUACCUAAGAAUCUUCCGACAAUUAUACAAUUCAACGGUUGAACCAAGAAUGAAGUUUUAGUAUAUGAAAAGAAUGUCAAGCCUAAAUAGGCAAACACAAAAGCUUCCGCUCCAAACCCUAUUGCCCCAAAAGCUAGACUUGUAGUCUGCUUUGAUUGGUGAGACAGAUUAUACCAGGCAUAAUGAGUCAUACAGACUCCAGUGGUUAGUAGAGUGAUGAUUCCUGAAAAUUCGAAUAACUCACUAAACAUAUAUCCAAGAUAUCCGAAGCAAAACACAAAGAGUGUUUCAUGGAUUGGAGAAGAAGUCAAAAAUCUCAUAUGCUUUAGACAUAAAGCACAAAAGAAUGAAGCAAUUAGCCCACAACCUAUUGAUGAUAAAGCAAGUUUUGAAAACUCUACAAAGACCUUGAACACUGUCUUUGUAGUGAAUUCCUCACUUGAGCUGGUGUAUUUAAAGACUGUUUUGAAGAGGAUAAUUGAUACUGCAUCGUUUGUGAUUCCCUCACCAAAUACCAUAGAGAAUAAUUUUGGCUCUUUGUGAAAAUCUAUUAAAGAUACAGCAGCGACCACAUCUGACGAAUACAUCAAAGAUCAUAAUAGCAAAAUCUCCCUCAAAGUCAAAGUGAAUGGGAUAUUUUUCACUAAUUCAGAAUUAUAUUUCUGCAUUGACUGGUAAUAGAAUAGCAACCCUGUGAGGAACGAAAAGAUUGUUAAUCAACAGA